AUGCACCCCAGGUGGUGGAUUCUCGUCGUCCUUUUACCCCAGUGUUCCACGGGAAGUGAUGAUGUCACGGGGGGACUCACUAGAGAUUAUUUCGGUGGCCUCCUCAUCCGGCAGAUCGUAGCCUUCGGAUGCUGGGAUUCCGAAGAGGGUGUGAAAUUUUCUCGCCUAAUAAUGGGGGAUGACCAUUCGUUGACUUAUGUCUCUAUUCAAGACGAUUUAGACAUGGAAAGGAUUCUGAAAGUGAAUUACUACAGACUUGGAAUAUUCCUGAACUUGGAUUGUCCAGGGAGUGAGAAAAUAUUUGAUCAGUUUCAUCGUCAACAGCUACGUCACAAUGAAUCAUACUUUUGGUUGAUGCCAACGACGAGGACCGGGCUCCCCAAAUAUUUUGAACACCUUCCUCUGAAUAUUGCGACUGAGAUGACAGCCGCACUGAAGAAGAGCGACGGAGAAUACACACUUUACGAUGUUUACAAUCCUAGUUAUCGUCAUGGGGGUGAGUUAAAUGUCACCCGUAUGGGAUCCUGGAGUGUUAAAAAUGGCCUGAACAUUGAGUUGACGGAGUAUAAAUACAGACGUCGUGGGAAUCUUUAUGGACUUGGUCUGAAUGCAUCAAUUGUGGUUGAUCAUCCAGCAGUUCCCGACUAUGAAACCUACAUUCAUAAUCCAAUAAAUCCUCAUUAUGACACGAUGCAUCGAUAUAAUUUUGCUUUAACCCGUCAACUAAGAGAUUAUUACAAUUUUACGAUGAAUUUAUCGAGAGGCACAACAUGGGGCUACCUGAUCAACGGAUCAUUCAACGGAAUAAUUGGAGACAUGAUUAAAGGAAUUGUUGAUUUCGGCGCCACACCUUUCCAAUUCAAACCUGAAAGAAUCGAUGUCAUUGAAUAUACCGUCCAAGGAUGGUUAGCAAGACCCUGCUUGAUAUUCCGUCAUCCGAAGAAGAAUAAUCUGAGCAAUCCCUUUCUGAGGCCCUUCGAGAUGAAAGUUUGGUACUGGAUCGCAAUAUUUGGUAUUGUUCUCUGGAGCGCGCUUUAUCUGACGGUGAAAGUGGAGACCAAAUUUGAUCCUCAAAAAUCUGUUAAUACCAUUGACACUCAUCCGGCGUCUGAAACCGUGCUGAUAACUGCUGCAGCAAUCUGUCAACAAGGUUUGAGUGACGGUCCUCGUUGCAUUUCCGGCCGCAUUACCUUCCUGACUCUCUUUAUUUGGGGCCUCAUGCUCUAUCAAUUCUACUCUGCGAGUAUCGUUGGAUCAUUGCUAUCAGGAAGUUCCAACUGGAUCACAACGCUGCAAGAUCUCGUCGACAGCGAUUUGGAAGUUGGAAUUGAGGAUAUGGCAUACAAUCACGAUUUUUUUGCAACAACCACAGAUCCUGUUGCCCAGGAGCUUUACAACAAGAAAGUAGCGAUCAGCAAGAAACGGAAGACGGAGCCGUACUUCUCAGCCGAAGAAGGCAUCAAGCUGAUACAGAAAGGUGGCUUCGCAUUCCAGGUUGAUGUGGCCACAGCCUACAAGUUCAUCGAAGAGACGUUCAACGUCGACGAGAUCUGUGAUCUAGUUGAGAUUCAGUUGUUUCCACCGAAGCACACAGCCACUGGAACAGCGAAGCAUUCUCCAUUCAAGAAGAUGAUCACUUAUGGAUUGAGAAAAGUGAUGGAGCGAGGUACUCCGCGCCGUUUGCUCAACAUUUGGAUGCAUCGAAGACCUCAAUGCCCUGAGAGUCACAAAGCAAAUCCUCUUCCCGUGGUUCUCACCGAAUUUAGCCCUGCGUUAUUUCUCCUGAUCAUUGGAAUCAUGUUCGCAACAUUGGUGAUGGCUGUUGAGAGGACAUUCCUAUCAUUCCCAUCAUUAAAUUUAUUAGAUCCAGAAUCCCGAUGAUCUGAUGCCGAGGACUCGGUGACAACUGUGCACACUGGAGUGGAUCGA